AUGGCGUCAUCGACCGCCGUCCAGAACGGCUCAGCGGACCAUCGUGGUUCGCGAGAAACUCCGGUGGCCAAUGACCCGAGGCCAGUUGACAGUCUCCAAACGACUAUCGCGGCUGAUGCCGGCCGGGAAGCUACAAACCCUCCACAGCCUGAUGCCCCUUCCACUCAACGAAACACAGAUGAGGCUCUGCCCAAACCUAUUGAUGCAGAGGACCCAAUAGCGCCAACCAGCAAUUCCGAUCCACCUGCUGCAUUGACCAGCACAAAAGCCAGAGAUCCAUUACCAUCGGACAAUCCAUCUCUUUCCGAGGAGCUUUGGAAUGAUGCCUACAAUGAGAUUGAGGCGGCCGAAGAGAACCUCGUCAAGUCUUAUGCACUGGCGUUGAAGGUUUACUUGAACAACAAGAGUCCAAAUGAACCUCCCAUAUCUGAUGCCGAAUUUUUGGCUCAAUUCAACGACCGCGCCAAACGGCAGGAAUUUAUGAAGACUCUACUUGAAGCAGGGCAAAAAAGAGUGGCCAGAACAGUCGCAGUGUCAAAUGUUGUCGGCAACAUCGCCCAGGCCAUUCUCCGGGUCAAGCCAGCCGCCGACGUUGUAUUGACUGUUCCUCAAGCUGCACCCGCUGCGCUUCCAUGGGCUGGUGUCUGUGUUGGCUUGGAGAUUCUCUCAAACCCACAAAACUCGAUGAAUUCCAACCUAGCCGGGGUUGUGCAUGUUGCAUCAAGGAUGGACUGGUAUUGUGCAAUAACCGGACAUCUACUUCAGACCAGCAAUACCGAUGCCAUGAACAUAUCAAUCGGAUCCGUUGUCAAGAAGCUAAAACCGAAGGUUUUGGAGCUCUAUAAAGCUAUCCUUAUAUAUCAAAUGAGAGCAGUUCACUCUUAUUACCGCAACCAAGGGUGGAACUUUUUACUCCAAGCGUGGAACUUCGAUGACUGGGAUGGCGCUCUAGCCGAGAUCGACAAACUCGAAAUCUCCCUUGUAAAUGACUGGGGCACGUGUGAUCGAGCGAGGGCUGCGUUAGUUCGUUCUGAACAACUUGAUCUUACGAAAAAGAUCAAAGACCAUGUUGCAGACAUCCAUCAAACCCUGAAAGACCAUUUUGAUCAGCAAAACAAGAGGUAUCGAGAGAAAGAAGUCAACGAACUCCUCUCGGAUCUCUGCGUGGUCAACCCUCAGGAUGAUGUGAAACGGAUUGAGAACGAGAAAGAACAACUGAUCGAAGAUAGCUACAAGUGGAUUCUGGAGGACAACAACUACAAAGCUUUUACCAACUGGGCUGAGUCAGACCCGCCACAAUGCCGAUUGCUAUGGAUCCACGGUGACGCCGGUAUGGGAAAAUCAAUGCUCAUGAUAGGCAUCAUUCGAGCAAUCUCAGCUCGAUUGGCCGUGCUCACCCCAUCACUAUCGUACUUUUUCUUCCAAAGUCAAGGCAAAACCAAAAAGACGUUGGACAAGGCAACGGACGCUUUGCGGUCCUUGUUGUGGAUGCUACUCACCCUACAACCGGACCUCGUUUCGCAUCUACAACAAGACUACAGAAUUUCCAAAGACACCAUCUUUAAGGACGAAAAUGCGGCGGAAGCUAUGAUCCGAGCUUUUGAUAAGAUUCUAAAGGAAGCUUCGCCGGCGUAUUUCGUUCUUGACGCUCUUGAUGAGUGCGAUCAUGAUUUUCAGCGUAUUAUUGAACUCAUUUCAACAUCCCUCCGCAUCUCUACUAAAAUCAAGUGGCUGGUGUCUAGCCGUCCAGAAGUCGGGCUGAUCACGGAGCUUCAACGUCUGCUUAAAACUGAACCAACAAUUUCUCCAUGGCUGCUUACGCUGGAUAUCGAAAAGCAAGAGGGCCAUGCCAGGGAUUAUAUUCAACAUAAAUUGCAGGAACUCACAAGGCCGGAAAUCUCCAGAUGGGCGGAUUCCUAUGAUGAUAAGAUGGUUGAAAAAAUUAAACAAGAAGUCACUGAACGGGCACGAGGCAAUUUGUUGUGGGUCUCACUUGUUUUCAAAGAUCUCUUUACAAUGCGCGGAAGCUAUGCCGUCAAAAGGGUCGAGAAAUAUCCUGCAGGACUGCCCGAACUAUACGACCACAAGAUCUCCAAUCUUGAGAAUGAGGAAGCUGAAGAUUUGGAAAAAUGCAAAGAUGUCUUGGCGAUCAUGUCUCGUGCAUAUCGGGCCCUCUCUGAUCUUGAGCUGUCUAAACUGGUUCCCUGGACAGACGAAGUUGACAUAUAUACGGUUGUGGCAAAAUGUUCUUCGUUCGUUACUCUGAGUAACAAGACAGUUCUCAUGAACCACACGUCGGCCAAGGACUACCUCAUAAGCAAAAGGUCGAAAAUCAAAGGUGGAACGAUUCAAGGCCAUGAGGAUAUCGUAAGAGUCUCGAUCCAAGCCAUGAGACCAAUCCUGAAAAGAAACAUAUACGAGCUCAAAGAGUACGGAUCGAAGCCAUCUCCCAUAGAGCAACCGGAUCUGGAUCCACUUGCUCCAAUAGCAUAUUCCUGCGUCUUCUGGUCAAGCCACUUCGGUUUGGCGGGUGAUGAUAAUCCCGGGUGCCUGAGCGAGCAAGCGUUAGCCAACCAAGCGUUGGAGUUCUUGAAUAAUUACUUUCUCCAUUGGCUCGAGAGCCUAUCUUUGUUGGGAGAGCUCCAUACCAGUAUAAGGUCGAUCAGAAUGCUUGUGCGCAUUGCCCAGGUAUGUUAUUCACAAAUUUAUGGUAACAAAACCAGUGAUCUGCUGCUGAUUGCAAGUCGAAAGCUGGUCAACAAUCGUGAACUCUCCGUGUAUCGUGAGAUGGCCGAGUUCUUGAUAGACGCCGAGAGGUUUGUACUUAGCCACGGGUCGAUCGUACAAAAGGCUCCCUUACAACUUUAUGCAUCCGCGCUUGUGUUUAGUCCUAAAAAGUCCAUGAUCAGAACACUAUUCUACCCUAAACGACUGCCACUCAUCAAGAGCGCAGAAAUCAGCACGUCGCAGUGGCACCGAUUGCGACAGACCCUCGAAGGUCAUACAGGUAGUAUUGGUUCACUAGCCUUCUCUCCGAGCGAUCAAGAUAGUCCCGGAAGCAUGAAACUUGCUUCGGCUUCGACUGAUGGAACUGUGCGGCUUUGGGACGCCAGCAUAGGGGAGGAAAAGCUAAAGCUCGGCUGUAAUGAACACGCACCAUCUAGCUCCAGCGAAGCCGAAACGAGACACUGUUUCACAGCAUUCUCUGCGGAUGGUAAGGCAUUUGUAGGUUCGAUCGGGUGUCCCGGGGACAACAUCAAAGUCUUCGACGUUGCCACUGGAAAGGUUAAAAACACCCUCAAACUCACAGACGCUUCUAGUGUUGUGCAAUCAGGCAUGUUCUCUCCAGAUCACAAGAAGCUCUUUGUCAUUUCGAGCAGAUUGACCAGAGAAGAGAGUCAAUGGCGACAGUGUCACGGAAGAAUCACGGCCCCCGACCAGCCAUUCCUUGGACGCCCUCGUCGAGCAGAUCAUGAAGACGAAGAUGACCAGCAAAGGCCGCGGCGUGAACAGCCAAGGGUUGAGCUGCAAGUCGGGAAUCUCGAUGAAGGCACUAGUCAUCGGAUUGGUUCCUAUGGAGAACCAACUGCGCUUUCCCUGGAUACUACGCUGCUUGCGUCGGUAGAGGGUGGAAAGGACAUACAGUUGUGGAAUACUGACACAGGCGACUUGCGGCACACUAUUGAGGGGCACAAAACGGUGAUCACGAACCUUGUCUUCUGCAGGCAUUCAAAUUGCAAUCUCCUUGUUUCUUUUUCCCCUCCCGAGGAGCUGCGGAUCUGGGAUGCUGACGCAGGGGUCAUGAAGCACCUUUUCCGAGAGCACACCAGCAAUGCGAAAAGCACUGUGAUGGCUAUCUGGCCUCGUGAUAAUUUGAUCGCGUUCGCGACGAGUCUGCAGAUAAUGGUUUACGACUAUGUGAAGCAGAAACAGACACAAACCUAUAGAAUCCUGGGCGAUAAAUAUUCGAUGCUUUACUCGCCGGAUGGCAUGACCCUCGCGGUGGGGGCCAAGCCUUGGAAAGGUAAACACCAUGUCGAGCUCUGGGCGACUGACAACGGUCCUUAUGAUGAUACUCCUAGGUCCCUGUGGCCGACGGAGUCGCUCACCUUCUCUCCGGAUGGCAGCAUGAUCGCAUCUGAUACGCGCACAACAAUCAGUCUCUGGGAUGCCAGCACAGCAACCUUGAAACACGACUUGAAACAUCUUGGAGAAGUGCGCGGCCUUGGCUUCAGCCCAGACAGUAUGAUAUUCGCUACCAGAUUUAGCAGAGAUGAAAAUGGUCUACUGUUCUGGCACACCGUCACUGGCGAACACAAAGACAUCGUCGACGGCGAGGACGAAGGGAGCCCUGACUUCGUCUUCUCGCCGGACCGUCGAAUGCUCGCAACGACCUGGAAUGAACGUCACACUGUACAGAUCUGGGACAUCAGAAGUGGCCACCAUGUGAAGACCUUUGAGCUAAACGACAUGAUCCGUGAGCUUUGGUUUUCCACUGAUGGAUCUGUCCUGCAUGUGGAUGAACAGGAUUUGGCAAUUUCAAAAUCAGAUUCCCAAUCCAAACCGGAAACGGAAACAGACGGCAGCCUCUCUAAGCGUUCCAUUUCUCGGGCUUUUCGCUUUAGUGGGGAAUGGGUAGUCUAUGACACAAAACACCAGGUGUGGGUUCCUCCACAAUACCGCGGAUCUGGUAAUGCGGUCUUCGGCAAUCGCGUCGCCCUAGAGAGCCCGUUGAAAGAUUUUGUCGUGAUUGAGCUGGAUCCGGAGCACGUCUGUUAG